AUGGCAAGUUUCAAGAUUUGGGCUCUUCAAGUUAUCACAGAGAAAGGAAGUCUCAAGCGCAUACGCAGUGAUCAUGGGGAAGAAUUUCAGAAUGAGGUCAUGACUAAGUUCUGCAAUGAACAAGGCAUAGCUCACCAAUUUUCGGCACCAAGAACACUACAGAUGAAUGGAGUAGUUGAGCGAAAGAACAGAACACUUCAACAAAUGGCACGAGCAAUGAUUCAUGGAGGAAACAUCCCUGUGAAGUUUUGGGCUGAAGCAAUCAACACCGCAUGCUACAUCAUCAACCGUGUUUACAUGAGAAAGGCUUUACUCAAAACUCCUUAUGAAUUGUGGAAAGGGAAGACACCUAACUUAAGUUAUUUUCGUGUCUUUGGAUGCAGGUGCUUCAUUCUGAAUGACAAGGAUCAACUUGGAAAGUUCGACUCAAGAAGUGAUGAAGGCAUAUUUCUGGGUUAUUCAGGCAAUAGCUCAGCCUACAGAGUCUUCAAUCUACGAUCCAAGAUGAUUAUGGAGUCAGUCAAUGUUGUUUUUGAUGAUCGAUCAAUUGCAGCUAUGGGAGACUCUCCAGUGUUUCAUGAACCAGAAGUCAGCGAAGCAGAAACAGAAGCAGAGGAGGUUCGUGAAGAAGAAGAAAAGGUUCAUGAGGAAGUCUCUGACACAGUUCCUGAUGUAGUUCUCGCUGCGCGCAGAACGAAGCUUCGGAAGUUUGGCCGCGCGCGGAGGAGUUCCCGACGUCCAAAAGUUACGAUCUUGAUAUGGAAAGAUAGAUACUUGAGUCAUGCAUCACGUCGAAGUGGAAUGAAGCCAUUUGGAUCAACUAUGAGGCCUAGACUUAUUUUCUACCGAGACAUGUCCGGUAAGCGAGUAAACGAAGCCCAUGGAGGAUUUGGAGUGUCUAAUGGCCCGAGCAGCAGCGCCAAAGGCCUUGAUCGAAUAGAGAAGAGGCCUGGCUAA